AUGACAUUAAAACAAGGUUCGAUUUUGCAAAAUAAUAGUUUGAUUCCUUUUGGAUUUAUUGAUGAUCACACAUCCAGAUUCGUAUGUGGAAAAUGUGGAAGUAGCUACAAGCAUAAGAAAAAUUUGAAUACCCAUAUUAAAAACAAUUGCAACACAUCAAGCAACUAUGAGUGCCCUAAAUGCCCUUAUAAAAGUUGUAGAAGAAACCGAAUCAAGGAACAUUAUUUACGUAUGCACAAAUUUUGGAAAUCGACUGAACCAAACACUGAAUAUAAUGCAUUCCACGAGUUUGUUCUAAAUCCAUUAAUUGAUGGAAGGCGACCAUACAAGUGUGACAAAUGCGGAUUGGCAUAUAGUCGUCAUAGCAGUUUUGUUCAACAUUUAAAGAUGGAUUGCGAAAAUGCAAGAUACGAAUGUCCUCACUGUUCUUAUGUAUCUGGUAGAAAUUCGAAUUUGAAAAGACAUCUACUAGUGCAUAGGAAUAGUUUUCUUAAUUUCAAAACAGAUUUUCCACUAUCACUAGUUGAGGUUUAUAAUGCUGCAAUCAACUCAGAUAACUCUGGCAGAAUCCACGUAUGUGAAAAAUGCGGAGUGGCUUACAAACAUAAAAGUAAUUUGGCAAACCAUAUUUCUACAAAUUGCAAUCAGCUCAGGAAACAUAGAUGUACACUUUGUCCUUAUGCCUCACAUCUCCCAUGGCGUUUCGGUAAACAAUUAUUAGGAUACAUGAAUUCUCAUUCUCAGGCUGUUCAAGUACUCUCAUCGAUGCAAGAAGCUCCUGAGGAGUACAAAUGUCCAAAUUGUACGAAAGUUUACAAAAGUCAGAGUGGAUUGUACACCCAUAGACACUACGAAUGUGGAAUCGAACCACAAUUUAGAUGUUUGCAAUGUCCUUAUAGGACACAUCAUAAACAUAGUCUCAAACGACAUUAUAGACUGAAACAUAAUUUGACGGUGGCGGUUUCUUCUGCCACGGGCAUACCAGUUAAAAGUGAAUUGUGUUUACAACAACCUUUCAUCUAUCCACCUUCCACGUAUUGGCAAAAUUUUAGACAAAGGCCACAAAAUGCUGCAAAGCAUUUUUGUCCAGGGUGCAGACGACCCUAUGAGACCGCAGGAGGUCUCUAUACUCAUAUGAGAUUUGAAUGUUUACAACAGCUACCUUCUGCAUAUUGGCAAAAUUCCAGUCAGAGGUCAGCAAAUGGUGCAAUGCAUUUUUGUCCAGGUUGCAGACGACCCUAUGAGACCGCAGGAGGUCUCUAUAAUCAUGUGAAAUUUAAAUGUGGAAAAGAACCUCAAUUUUCUUGUGAACAUUGUCAUUUUAGAUUUUACCAUAAACAAAGAUUCUCAUUCGCUAGGGAUAGUGCUUUUUCAAAUUCUGGAUUUAUGACCAAGCAGACCCAGCAAUCUAAAAGGACUUUUCCUCCAGAGCAGGAUAGCAAUGUCGUAUGGACUGAUGAAGGCCUGAUGUACCAAUGCCAAAAAUGUUUAAAGUUAUAUAUGCAUAAUCAGAGUGUAAGACGUCAUCUGAGAUAUGAAUGUGGCCAAGAAAGACAAUUUAAAUGCAAUAUUUGGAUUCAAGAUUUGAAUUACUAUGGUUAUGAAGAAAAUAGUGUGUUUAAAAAACAACAGCAUCAAUGUAAUCAAUGUGGCAAAAUAUAUUGUAGUCGAGGAAAUGUUAGCAGACAUAAAAAGUACCAAUGUGGUGUUGAACCAAAAUUUCUAUGUGGGUUUUGUCCUUAUAGAGCACGUUUAAAAAGUGAUCUUGGAAAACAUUUUGUUGGCGAUGAAGAAGUAAGGAUUGUUAUUCUCUAUUGUGAUAGUUUUAAGAAUCCCGCUGCAAGAAAUUCAGGUUAUCAUCGUCAUGUAGAAGUGGCAGGAUUAUAUCCUUUUCAGUGUUAUCUGCUCCUAAAACCACCUUUAAGAGUUUUAUCAUUUAACCAACUAUCGUCACAGAUGGUUGGCUUCCUGCUCCUAAAACCAUCUCACAGAGUUUUACCAUUCAGCCAACCAUCGUCCCAGGUCAAUCGUGAUGUUCUAUCAACUUUUGUUCAAAAUAAAUCAGAAAACAUGUUUAGGUGUGAAAAAUGUAAAAGGGUUUAUAAACAUAGACACAAUUUAAUCAGGCACUUAAGAUAUGAAUGUGGAGUUGAACCUAGUUUUAAAAAGAAAUGCAGCGUACGAAAGAAAUUAAAAAUGCCUACUACAAAUGAUGACGGAUUUUUCCAAUGCAAGUACUGCUUUCUUUACUUCGAAACAGAAUAUCAUCAAUUUCACAAUGAAAGAUGUGCACUAAAAUUGUUAUUUGAUUCUCCAAAAGUGAAACGAAAUCCUUCUCAAAUUAGCAAAUUGGAAACCUUGAUGUCUGGAGGAAAAUCUAUAUUUCCAUGCCCAAAGUGCAAUCCAGGUGAUUUCACCUAUGAAAAAAUGUUUGAAAGUGAUAAUGAAUUGUUAACAUCGACACCAAUUCACCGCAGAAUAUUGGAUUUUGACGAAGUUUCAAUAAAGCUUUUACCACCAAGAAGAAAUUUAAUAGUUUCAUUUAGUGAAUGGGAUGAUAAUAUUCCACUCGAAGCACUAAAAGAACGAUUGCUGAAAAAAUCAUCGCAGAAUUCGCAAGAGAAUUUGUCACAAAAAUUUAGGAUGUUGUCAUCAAACACCAAUAGUCAAACUGCCGUAGAAAAACGUAGGAAGCUUUCUUCAAACGCAGAUAUUCUGGUUACUCCAGAAAAACUUUUGGAGCCAAAUAAUCAAGAAAAAUUAUCACAAAAUUUUAAGACGCCUUCGACAAAUAAAAAUGGAUUCACGAGUCAAGAUAAUUCUUCGAAGAAGUUGAGGACUUUUUCGAAAACGCCCAACAACAACAAUGUACAAAUUACUCCAUCAUCGAACAAGGCUGCAUCAGAUGGAGUUUCACCAAGUCCAAAUUCCAAGUUUAGCGAGAGUGUGCCCAAAACUGCGGCUUGGGUUUUAUGA